AAGUAAAUAUCUACAUUUUUAAAGCUUAAACUAGUCUACCCAUUUCAUUCUUACGUGUAACUGUCAAUUUAUCGGAAUUGAGCAUAUAAUUUCACAAGGUAUCACAGUUGACAUCAUGGCAAGUUUGGUCUCAGUAAUGUUGGUUUUAGUGUGUCAGAUUGGAUUAACAAUACAGGCAUGUGCAGAAUGUGCAUGUUGUAAAGGAAGCUUUACUUGUGAGUCCAACAAGAAUUGUAUCAAUGGUUGUAUUGACGGUUAUUAUGGUGCAAAAUGCACAGAGGAGUGUCAAGGAAAUUGUGAAACUUGUGUCAAUGGUAAUGAAUGUACCGAAUGUACACCUGGUUAUUAUAACAACAAAUGUAGUAUACCAUGUGGGAAAGGUUGUGUCAACAAUACAUGUCUGCUUGUAUCAGGAGAAUGUCCAUGUAAAUCGUCAUAUUUUACAAAAGGUAAAUGUGAUGCUUGUGCAGGUUUAAGGUAUGGAGAUGAAUGUAACAAUACAUGUCCCAGUAACUGUGGAACUUGCAUAUCAGAUACAGAAUGUUUAUGGUGUAAAAACACGGUUUAUUACGGAUCAUAUUGUCAACACAGAUGUUCACUUGGCUGUGACCAAGGGAGAUGUAUUAAAAGUACUGGACAUUGUAUUGAAGGUUGCAAAUCUGGUUUUUCCGGAGGUAAAUGUGACAAAUGCUCACCUGGAGUAUUCGGCCCCUUUUGUGAUCAAAACUGCAGUAACAAUUGUUUUUCUUGUUUAUCGGAAACAAAUUGUACCGAAUGUAAUCCAGGUUUUUACGGGGAAAAAUGUGCGAAUGCGUGUCCAUCGGGUUGUAAUGGAACCUGUUCAGUUUCCAAUGGUCAAAGUUGCAAUAUAACCGACAUAUACCGCGUUUGUGCAACAGAUACCGGGAGGUGUAUACACGGAUGCAACUCGGUUAUAAAAUAUGGUGAAUAUUGUGAGAAACAAUGCAGUGAUACUUGUAACAAUAAAAGCUGUGACUUAAAAACGGGACAUUGUUUAGAAGGAUGUGAAAUGAAUUUUUACGGAUUGUUUUGUGUUGAUUCAUGUUCUACUUCAUGCAUAUCUUAUACCGGCAAACGUAGAUGUGAUGGUACAAAAGGUCAUUGUUUAUUUGGCUGUAAAUAUGGUUUCCAUGGCGAAAGAUGUGACAACAUAUGCAGUAGCCAAUGUGUAAAUACAACCUGCAACCAAACAACAGCGGAAUGUUCAUAUGGCUGUAUAGAUGGAUUUAAAGGACCUAAAUGUGCUGAAAUUAUACCGGAUUUAGAGGGAUAUUAUACUAGAAGUACACUGAUAGGAUCUACAAUAGGGACAUUUCUAGCUGGUGGUAUUGUUGUUGGAAUUGCCUCUUUGAUUACCAUCAUUAUAAGGAGGCGGAGGAAUAUACAAACUAAACAAUUAGAUGUACACGGACAUGUAAACACAAUAGGACCUUGUGGAAUUCGUUCUAACGACGACACACAUGAGAAUGACUCCCCUGUUACUUACGAGGAUUUGAAAUCACGUGACGAGAGACUAUACAGUCAGAUAACUACAAGUCAGCAGGAAACACCACCAGCAACUGAUUAUGUUAACUAUAGUUCAUAAUAAACUAGUAACUUUAAUCGUAACAAACUCUUACAGACAAGACACUUUUAUUAAAACAUUUUAUAAGAUAUAUGCUUGUAUUUUACUGAAGAAGAUAGAAAAGGAUGUUUAUUAACGAAUUAAAAGUCCAGUUUUAUCACAAUUAAGCGUUAGAAACAAAUAUGUUUACUUCCAUUGCAAAAGUGAACAUUUUACAAUAAUGAUGUAUAUUUUCCAAUUUAAUACGAACUAUCCUUGCAUACAAAUGCACACGCAGGUAUAAAUUAACGUCUUUUAAAAAAACACGGACCACGCCCUGAUGUUGCACAUUUUAAUAUGCUUUAUGCGGGCGGCUGGUUAAAAACAGCAUAAUGAAAUGACGGCCCCAAAUUGAAUCAUUUCUAUAUACAAAAUGCAGAUAAAGAAUCCCGGAUUUAACGAUUUAGAAGUUUACUUUUAUGCAAAAAUAUUUUUUGUGUAUUAUCAUCGGAUUUCCAUCAUUGUGCUUCUGUAGAUGUUAAUACACGGAAACCAUUUAUUAAACAAUCUUAAUGUAGGAUCAAACACAAUUCAAUUCUAAGAAAUUGCUGAAAUGUUUCGUUUCUAUUUACAAACCAACCAUAUUUAAAUACUUAAAAACCAACAAUUUAUAGUGCCAUUUUUGAAGCAAAAGUCAGCAACAAAGUCAGUAUGUUUAAAU